UUCAUAUAUAAAUCCAUGGGGGAUCUUGGUGAUAAUCACAGUUUGUCGCCUGACAGAGUUUAGUACAGACACUUAACCAGUCGCGGUACAUUUUGGUGGUUUUCCAGUCACUUUUUCUUAAGGAAUUUCUACAGAACUUCUCAAACAAACCGAUAUCGAGAUGAAACUGUUCGUCGUAGCUGCAUUCGCUCUGUUCGCCGUGGUGGCCGCCCAGGACAAAUACACCACCAAGUACGACGGCGUCGACCUGGACGAGAUCCUGAAGUCGGACCGCCUCUUCAACAACUACUACAAGUGUCUGAUGGAUCAGGGCCGUUGCACCCCGGACGGCAACGAGCUUAAGAAGGUGCUGCCCGAUGCCCUGAAGACCAACUGUGCCAAGUGCAGCGAGAAGCAGAAGUCCGGAACCGAAAAGGUGCUGAACUACCUGAUCGAUCACCGUGCCGAACAGUGGAAGAACCUGCAGGCCAAGUACGAUCCCGACAACACCUAUGUCAACAAGUACCGCACCGAUGCCAGUAAGGCUGGAAUCAAAAUCUAAGCCUCAAAUCCUGAGGGAAAAAAAACAAAAUCUUAAAAAUCUGGACUGAAAAACAUUGACUUUAGAAAGCCUCAAACAAAAAUCAUCUGAACAACCAACCUUAAGGAGCUACUAACCAAUCCAUAAGUUCCAUUCUAGUCGAUUCUGCAAACGGGCCCUGAAGAGUUUACUCAUAUUGUUCAAGAAAACAACAACACCCAGACCAGCAAAAACGGACAAUUUUAAGCCUACAAGAUUUCUCCACUUAUCUGUGAUCUACAUCAACAAUACGAAAAACACAAAAAAUACAUGACAGAGUAGCGCAAAGUCGUUGACUUGUGAUGACCCACCACAGCACAGUGUAAACAACUAUCUAGACAGCCAAAUGUGACAGUCACUAUGUCGCAUAGUAGGCUGCGGAGGAGGGCGUUACUUGUCAACUCAUUGGAACUAAAUGUUGUGUGGCAGAAUCGAAUUUCUUUCCUAUUGUUUUAUUUUAUUUUAUUUUUAAAAAAAUCGAAUUGACUACAAAUCGAUGUGGUUAGAAAGAAUGUUGUUACUUACUGUGAACGUUUUGUGCGUCAAGACAAAGACCAAGUGAGAAAUAAAUACAAUCCUAUUACUUAAUUUUAAAA